AUGCAGAAGGCCUACAUCCGCAAGAAGCUGAAGAAGCGUCACGGCAAGGUCCACCAGCAGGAGAUGCUUCCUCCGAGCAAGCCCCCGCCCAUGUACAAGGAGUUCAUCCUGCACAACAAGGCCCCGCUCUGGAACGAAGUGAGCCAGGUCUACCAGCUCGACUUUGGCGGCCGGGUCACGCAGGAGUCUGCCAAGAACUUCCAGAUCGAGUUCAAGGGAAAUCAGGUGAUGCAGUUCGGGCGCAUCGAUGGAAACGCCUACACCCUCGAUUUCCAGUACCCUUUCAGUGCCCUCCAAGCAUUUGCCGUCGCACUUGCCAAUGUGACUCAAAGGUUGAAAUGA